GUCGUUGUCAUACAUAGCCGACCUCGUUUAUUCCACCGCGUCUCCUGUACGACUUUGCUAUUUGGGUUGUUUAAUCUUGAUUGAUAUGUGAUUAUUGUGCCUCAUCUUCGGCUCGUAAGUUUGAAAUUUUUUUCCAACAAGAAUUUCCAACGAGAUGCAAGCCCCACCCAUAAUGAUGCAGCCUCCGCCGAUGAUGCAACCGCCGGUCAUGUCUCUGUCUCUCCCCGCAAGCAUAACCUCUCCGAACGCGAUGCCCCAACUGCCACCGGCCAGCACCCCUCCGCCGGUGAAUCUGAUGCAGAUGCAGGCUCCGAAACCGUUGCAGGUGCAAAUCCAGACGCCAGCCUCUAUGGUCUCCGGCGUAAACUCCCUGCUGAACGGGCCGCCUGGCGGAAACAUUAGCGGGGCUGCGAGCGCGGUCGGUGGGGCGUCGUUUCUCAGCGGAGCGCCGCCCGUUCCCAGGAACCAUUUCGCGGGAAUGGAUACGAGGCAAAAGAGGCCGAGCACGCCAUCGUCCGCACUGAACCAGUUUUCCAUGGCACCGCCACCGGGGAACAGUACUUCCGCGGGUAUGAGCAGCGGUGGUCAGCCAGUGCCGGUAAAAACACGCUGGUAGUCUUCGAUGUAAUGCGCGCUGGUGCGCCGCACUUUUUGCUUUCAAAUAUCAAGACAAUCUGCGUGGCAAGGUAGUUGGUCUUGGUGCAUGUAGAUUCUUCAUCCAUGCCAAACCCAAAAAUCCCUGUUCACGUGCAAUGAAAUACACUUAAAAGCUGAAAGAGAUCCGAUGCGCACUUCGUUCUGCAUCUGCACCAGACAUCAUGAAAUCGAAAAUAAAGUUGCAUGAAACACAAACCAAUUACAACAGAUAGCAACCGCCGCUGCAACGCAGCAACCCCGGAAGGUUUUGAAGAAUCUAGCCUACCAUUUGCGGGACCAAGCGCGGAUCAUUCAGUUGAACCACCCAGAGUCGCUGGACCAAUACAAAUCACUCGGGAUUCUCUUUGACCUCGUGGAUCUGUGCGACCAGGCCGCUGCGGUGUCAGACUCGCGUUUCGCAAAAGACGAAUUGCUAUGCUUUGCACAUAUUUCGUCCUUAUCGCCCUGGGUCUGGUAGGAUAAAGAACUCGUUAUAGUACUGAAUUGCGCAACGAGAGUCAGACUCCUGGAAUGCUUGACACGUUUUUUCUUGAGCGUUUUCUCAAUAAGCGAAUGCGUAAGCGAGAGUAUGUAUGUGAUGCGCAUUUUUUGCAUGACAAAAAUGAACAAAGUGGCGGCCUUGAUGUCCUCGGUCAUGCAUAUAGAAAUUCAAUUUUAUAUACAGGACAUCGUGCGGCACGUGGCUGAAUGUGAAUUCUUGUUAUUCAGGAUACGCAAUACAAGUUGCACUCCUCUAGACCCAGAUUCACGAAGAUGAUGCUUUCAUCGGAUAACUACAGACGCUUUUCUGGCGCGCAGUCGACCUGUUGAAGCAAUGUCCCGUAUAUGAAUUGAUUCAUUGAAAAGCUGCAUUUAACAAAACAUCACCAGGACAACUUGUUCUUCCUUGAAAAAGAAAAAGCGCACUGCUAAGAAUGAAGGAACUCAAAGUUUUUGUUGCAUCAGAUCACCUUUGUUGCAUCAGGUCGCCGGCUAAUUGCCUACUUACCAAUCGUGCAGAGAGACGUUUAGGUUAUCCUUAUCCCCACAGGAAAAUACAAUCCUAAUCCAGGUUGACGGGCUUUCCCCCUUCCGAUCCUACGGUCUACGGCUGGAACACACCAUCCAGGCCAUGUGGGCGGCGUAUGCGCAAUAUGACAGUGCACAACUCGUCCCCCUCGCCCUCAUUUGAAGGGCAUAAGGAGCAACACAAGUCCUGGCAUGAAUGCAGCUUUUGCAUGAAAAAUUCGCGACCGAUUCUAGUGCUGUUUAGGGUUCCGAAAUCUUUCACGCAAGUAGUGGCGCCAAAGGGGAAAGAAUGGAUUUCUUUGGUAUUUUGCAUGACAAAUGAGAGGGUGGGGGAGUUGUGCACUGUCAUACGCAAAGGCCGCCGGUCAAGGAUGUUCCGGCUGCGUUCGAAGUGCCCGAGAUCCGUCUGUUGCCAGUGGGGUCGCAGGUAUAGCGGACGAGCAGUGGCUUGAAUUGGAUACACACGUUUUUGACGCAUAGAAGUAGCCACGUUGUGAACGAAAAAAGGAUAAUGAAAUUUCCAUGCGCAUGCGUAUAAUAGGUGAAACAAAAGAAACACCACGAUCACGAUCAUCACAAAUAUUUCCAAGGUCGAGUACUACUCGAACACCUACCGAAGAUGGAUGGAAGCAACUGUGCUACUAUGCACGGAGAAUAAAGACGGCUUCAUAAGCAGCUUCACUGUUUUUUUUCCGCAGUGCUGGUGGAACCAGCAUCAUGUCUGCUGUAGUUCGUUGUAUGACAGAGAUUAAAUAAAGCUGUGUUAGGCAUUGCUUCUUCUGACGACCGGGCGUAAUUCGAGCAUGUUGUGCGUGUGUGUGUGUGUGUCGCUGUCGCCGCUAGAAGAUGAAGACUCGACGAGGCUUCGCAAAAAAAUGUCACUAAGGUCAUCAUGAUCUGAAGUCUGCUUCUGACUGCAAUCUUGAGGCAUCGUUUCUUCUCUCCGAUAUCUUGGCCAUCUCCCAGAAGGUGAUUAUCAGCUCGACAUUCAAGCGCAUGCGAGGAAGGAGAAUGUGCGGGUACUUGUGCAGAUUUUUGCUAUAAAUCGAACAACGAGCAGGCUACACCUAUCGAAUUACUUUGCAUUUUUCCACCGAUUUGAAUCAGUGAAAUUUGUUUUCUUCUUCUCGUGCCUGCGUAACAAGAACGGAGGAUGCAAACAAGAAAUAACAUCGAGGAACGGCUGAAAUAAAGCUCCUCCUGCAACGAACACAUUAUACUUUUCAAUUUCACGACGUUUAUAUAUACGCCUAAACCUCCACCAGGCUGUGAUCACCCGUUCUCGCGAGCACGCACAGAGUUCCUCCGACCUGCCCCAGCCUCCACGAACGCAGCAACAAGGUUUGUCGAACGACCUUAAUGGCGCUGCAGCACUAGUAGCGGCUGCGGGCGGGGUAUGAGAGUGCACAAAUCCCCCUCCCCCUCAUUUUUGUUGCAUGAGCAGCAAUAAAAACCCCAGCGCACAUUCAUUGAGCCUGCGCAUGAUAACUUCAUGCGCGUCAUCGUGUAGUACUGUUUAGGCUUCCUCCAGAAUCUGUCAUGCAAACGGUGCCACGAGGCAGCCCAGCGCUUGGAAUUGGAUAUGUAAUUUUGCAUCAGAAAUGAGGCAGAUGAGGGGGAGUUGUGCACUGUCACAUGGGGAGAUCGCUUCGACGCCGACCGGAGAGCAAGGGGCGACGUACCCCCCGGGGACCAUUGUGGAGUAUUGGUCCACGAUAUUCACAAAAAAAAGACCCAUCUUCCCCAUCCAAAGCAUCACAUGCAAAACGCGUUUCAAAUCCUUUGUCUGUCAUGCAAAAAAUGGAUGGGGAUGGAUCAUUUUUGGUGGAUACACGAGUCUCAACCAAUGGAUUCUCGCCGAGGUUUUGAAGUACAACCUGCACAACAAGACGUACCAGCUGGACUGCAAAAACAACGCGCCGAGGGAUCGGAUCAGACGUAUGCCACCAAUUUCAUCUAGAAACUCAUAUUAUAUACGGUUUGCAGACCGCCACGUAACAGUUUCUGAUCCUGAGCUUGUAAAAAUAUUAUUUUCACUGCCAGGUCCUUGUAGUAUAAUCGAAAUCAGCGAUUGGCAGCAGUUCACCAGAAAUCGUUCUUCUCAACAUCAGUAGACCACUGUGUGUUUCACAGUACUUACAACAUACAACGAACAACCCAGCCCAUGCCCGCUCUCCCCGUGACGUCCGCCCGCUCACAGAGCACACCCGGCCGGUCUUACAGAAGUGCAACGACCACGACGGCGCGUCUUCGCAGGUCAGUAGCGCAGCCGGUGGAGGACCUCUCGCCUCGUCCAAGGAGAAUCACUAUAGCAACAAGAGCAGAUCGCAGUCCAGGGGGGCGAGCAAGGACCUGGCGGGAAGCCGGCAGUUCGCGGGAUCCCCGCCCAUGAGCCUGCAAGAAGCACCGACCCCGGGAACGAAGGAAACCCGGGAAAAAGAAUUGAGCGCCAGUACUGUGUGCGUGUGUGUGGAUCAUAUUUUUGCAUUGUUAUCGACUUGCUUCAAAACUUCUCUAUUUUUUCAUGCUAGUACCCAAGUAGAACUCACUGCAAGUGCAAACGAUAGCGAGCACUGCGUAUUUUUGAAAAUAAAGAUAGAGUCGCUAUUAACAUCGACAUGAAAAAAAAUCGACUCAAAACAGUGGAGCCGCCGGAGGAUCCAGAAGCGAAACUGGUGGUAAAAACGCAUCACGACGUAUCCGUCGCAAAGACGUACCCGACCAGUACUUUUCAGGCGGAUCUGGGAUCUUCAGUUGUUUUGCCUGUGUCGUGUUUGAGCACUUGUCAUGCUUGAAGUUGAACAUAAGUAAAUGGAUGUGUGAUGCGGCUGAGCUAGCUGAUCUUGACACCACUGCCGCUGCGCUCUCAAGUUUGUAAUGCAUCACUCGCAAAGAUAAAGUUGUGCAUGUUGUGUUGCUUUGUUUGUGUACCAGCGGAGUUGCUCUUAUUUCGCUCUAUUUGAGUCUGGGGUGGGUACGGCUCUAGUACCUGGGAUAAGGUAUGAAAACCGGGAAGAUAGUACAAACCGAAAUUGAUCCAGAGGGCGGACCUAUCCACAAAAAAAAAAACAUUCCCAUCCAAUUUGUCAUUACAAAAUAUCAUGCGUAAACUCCAGUAUUUGUCACGCAAAAUAAAAUGGAUAGGGACGGUUCUUUUUUUGUGGAUAGGACAAACGAAAUUCAUCUACGACUACUCCGAUACGGCUAACGCCUCUGCGAAGCCGGCAAUGCGAAGAUCUGCUGUGAUGCGGGAGCAGACUGCCGAUUUCAUCCGUACACCAACACUCAAAUUUUGAUUUUGGCACUUGGGUUCUUGGAAUGAAACAAGAGAAAAACGUAUCUUAGGUGUGGAGUAACUCUAUCCCAGCUCUUUCGUUGUUUUCCAUGCUCCUGUACUAGAAGGAUAGAGCAGAACACGCAAGAACAAUGGCUGUAGAACAUCGAAUUGAAUUUUAUUGUUCAACGGUUCGUGUACGUGUUCGAUAUUUAUAUCCCAGGCAACAGCGGCAAGCACCGCGGCCCGCCCCAACUGACCGUGCACGUGAUGACAAACCCUGCGGACCAAGCUGGUGGUAAUUACGCGACCAACUUCCCGCCCACAGGUUCCUCGGACCCGGCCGCGCACCAGCAUGCCAUGAAUAGUCGGUACAUGUCGAAGGUGGACAAGUUAAAGCAGCAAUCCGAAGACACCCGAAAUUACACCAUGAAGAAAGUGGACCAGCUGACUCGCAAGGCACAGCAGCUUGUCGAGAGAUUCGAAAACGACGAAAUGAACCUCGAUUUGAAACAGUACGACAUCCCUAAGUUGUAUGCCGAGAAAGCAAAAUUGUUUCAGUGUAUAUGUCGUGCGUAGCAGUUAUAUCAAUUUACAUGAUCAAGCAAGAGGGUUGCACACUCCGACAUCGGGCUGGCUGCCCGAUGUCGACCAGCUUCCGCUGGUUCUCUGUCCUCUAUCUAGAAUCUCCGCCUCGUCCGGGCUUGCCUGGACUCGGCGUUUUUUCAGCUCUUCGGUUCUCGGAGAGUGGAUAGUUUACGGAGGAGUGUCUCGAUGAGAAAGCGAGGCGUACUUGUACGCUUCAGGCCUUCGCUCUGGUUCUGCUUCGCAGUUCCGCCUUGUCGUUUCCGGCAUUGCCGAUCCUUAGCGUGGAUCAUUGCGAUGUACGACAAGGAAAGAGCUCCGGUGGUUCCGUCGCCAUUGACCUGCUCAAGCCAUGAGCAGGACAUAGUAGACGGCGUGCACACUGCCGCGCGCAUGUAGCCCGGCCCAGCCGGGCGCUGGGAUAUCCUUCUGACCGGGGAGGAUGUCUUGGUGGGAAGAUGGCCGAUGCGCGGCUCUUACAGAGCAAAGAGUUCGCGUGCUUCGGCUGUUUUCCAGGCUAUCUUCUGGUGGUGGUUUGAAGAAGUCGAUGACGGCUCGCGGUUCUCGCGAGUCCCACUGCUCGGGGAGUGGAGAGGUGCAGCCGCUGCGAUGCAGUGCCUGCGCCUCUUCACGCCGAAAAAGGCAUACGUCCGGCGGCAGCUUAGCCUAUGGCUGGCGCCGCUUUAUUCGGCAACGCGCAACGGUCAACAGCGCAGCUGAUUACAGCUGUGGCCUGCCGCUCUGUGUGUCGCGGGCGGUUCGUGUUUUUGCGCUUAGCAUCGUAAGGCGCAAUGUUGCACAAGAUGUUAAGACGGACGCGGGCCGCUCGCCUGUCAUUGAUGAAGCCGUGCGAGCAGGGGCGCCGUGUUUCACUUUGACAGGAAUUCCUUACUGAAGAGCCUCACCGAAGGCCAAGGCUACUGGUAUCCUAGGGCGAUGCUCGCGAGGUCAGUGACGUUGUCACUGGCCAGGGCCAGAAUAACACACUACACGCACACACAGCAUCAAGCUAACGCUGACAAACACCCACGAAGGGGCACCCCGCGCCCGCAUACCCCCCCUCGCCGAUGGCAGGGGGGCGCCCGAUGGGCUGACUAUUUUCACACGAAUUUACUACGCGACUUGUUGUAGUUGCACAGACGCCGGCACAGCCGAUGGCUGUGCCGGUGAGAUGAAGGCUUCGUUCUCCCCGCCACACCUCCCAGCACCUGGACGCGCAACUCCACAGGCACAGCCCCGCAGGCGCGGCGGUUAUGUUGUUGAGUCGCAUGGCUAGGUCGCAUGUAUUCGUUGGUGUGCACCACAUGCGACGUCGAUGAUGUCGCCUGCGGGUGCUGGGUUGGGGUUGGGCGUCCACGACAUUGCUGCUGCAUCUCUUCGGGGUUUGCAAAUGCCGUGUCGUAGCCAUUGCGCCGGCGCUUGGCUCUUUCCACGAUGUGGAUGUCGCUGAGUCGCUUGUGCUUUGGUAUCAGGGGUGCUGACUUGGAAGGAGAGCUGAGCGCGUUAGCCUAUCGGCGUCGUUGCUCCGUCCUUCGCCCCUCGACGUCGGUCCGCCGGCGUUGAUUGCCUGUAGGUGAUUAGCGCAGUCGAGGGGUUCAGUGGUUGGUGUGGGGGCGAGGAGCUGUGGUGCAGUUUUAGCAGGUCCUUCUCCUGUGUCGGAUUUCUCUGCUGUUCCACGAGCCAGAGAAGUUUGAUUCAUCCAGCGUACCUAGGGACGCUUAUUUUGCCUUUUUACAUCUGGAGCGCCGAUCCUGGUGUCUCAGACAGGUCGCAGCGCGAUGUGCUGCGUCCGCUAGAUCACGACAUACCCGCGGGAACUUCCCGGAACUUAGUCACGAUUGGGAGCAAGACCCCGCAGCGCCGCCCGGGUUCCGGGCUCCACCGCGGGGCCCUACCCCGGCGCGUUUCCCACGUGCUCGCUACCUAGCUACAACACAGCCCCGCGCGCCUGGAUCUCUGCACCGACAGAGCCAGGCUGCCCCGUUGAGUCACAUUUGGGGAAGAUGUUCGGCGGGCCAUGUCGUGUUCCACGGCUUGGCCCACCUUCACGUCCGGGGCGUGGCUCUGUGGGGUUUGAGAGCUUGGCUUGCGCGGCUUGCUACUUGUAGCUUGCUGUGCCGGCCGGGUUCUCUUCUUGCUCGCCAGUGUGACCGUCGCAGGGCGUCCCGCGACGAGGACUGCAGCGCGCGUCAGCACUGCCUUCGAUUAUCAUAGCUUCCGCGCGCUUUCGCUCGUUGGGUGAAUUGCGCUGGGAAUGUGAAUUUAUAUAUAUUUGUGAUGCAGGACGAGUCGUGUGAGUAGAGAGUGUGCAGCUACUACGCAGAGGUAUUUUUUUUUGGAUGAAGGGCCGACUUGUGCUGCAGAUCAUGGAAAAAAUCACCACAUUCAUUUCACACUGAAGCAUGUUUUUCCUACGACAAGAUGAGUACGAUCCAGCCGCACGGUGGUAAUAUUCCGGGCUUUGGGCCUCAGGGCGACAUCAACAUGCGAGCCUCAUCCAACAUGCGGCAGAGCAGUGGUGCUGCAGCGGGGAUGAAUAGUGUCCGGAUGAGCCAGAACCCGUUAUCCAGGAAAAAACACCCAUCGUCCCCAUCCUUUUUUUUGCAUUCCGACCACUGGAUUUUAGGCAUGUUUUGCAUGACGCAUUGGAUGUGGAUGGGUCUUUUUUGUGGAUGCCCGUACAUGCAAGAAUAUUUCGAGACACGAACCGAAGAGGGGGACAACUUGGAAGGAGAUAAGUACGGGGGUGUCAGGAGCGAAAUCGUCAAAGUUGAUUAUAGUUUGUCAUGCAUAAGUAAGAUGCAACGCACAAGCUGCCUCUGCUCUUGCAGAAGAUGCAAGGGAGGCAGAUUGUAGUGCUGGUAAGGGUCGAGAAGUGGGCUGCUGAUUAGCAUGACAGAGUGGAGCCCUUUUGCCCUAAACUAACAGCAUGACAGAAGAGACUUGCUUCACAGGCAAAGAAAAUUUAUUGUCAUGCGCCGGCUAUAAACUGUGGCCCCAACAACUGGUGCCGAUUUUAUGCAUAUACACAUUUUUUCUACUUUGUCGAUUUCGAUCCUGACACUUCCAUAAUGACGGGACCGCAGCGGGAUCGCCACCGCCGGGAGUGGGACAACAUCGUGGUGGCGGUGGUGGUGAGGACCGUCACUAUCAAAAAAUGAUGAACAACACUCCGGUGAUAACCUCCAGUUCGUCAUCCGCCAGAGCGGGCGCGGGAAACAAUCAGGUAUGCACUGCAAAAGUAACGUACUAGUAUCUAUAAAUUGCAUUACAAUAAAUUUAAAUUCUCGCAAGAAGAAAUUAGAAAAGUGGAAUUUGUAAAUACUGUUUUACCUUUGGACGAUUGUCAUGCAUAUUUGCAAUUAGUUCGAGUGCGAUACUUUUGCAAAGCAUAUCACGGAAACUACAACAAGCCCAGCAACGUAGUUGCAACCAAGCAGCCGCGCAAGAUGAGCGCGUACCCAGACAGCGAGAGCAGUGAGGUAUGAGAGUGCACAACUCGUAGCUCCACCCCUCCCCCUCAUUUGUAUAGCACGAGCAGCAAGAACAGAAGCAAUGCCACAAGUGUAGCUUUUGCAUAACAAGUCCGCUAAAUGGAAUGUAGCCCUGUUUGGGCGUCCAAAACUUGUCAUGCGCAGAGUGCCUCAAGGCAAGCUGCAGUAGAUUGAGAUUCAAAUGAGGGAGUAGAGGGGGAGUUGUGCACUGUCAUAUGAGGCCGAUGAGAAGUCCUCCUCCUUUAUUCCCUGAAAAUCAACCAUCCCUAUCCACUUUUUGCAUGAGAAAAGCCGACGCCGGCUCUACUCCAUGUAGAAGUUUUGCAUGGCCAAUGAUUGGAUGGGUAUGGUAAAGCUUCACCGAAUUAUAUCGUUCCACAGCCGCAGCAACAAUAAUAAUUCUCGGACCAACAACAAAGUGAACACCUCUUUUGCCUCGAACUCGACCCGGAACGCGAACUUGUCCCGGAUGCUGGACUCAGGGAGGAAGCCGAUAUGGGAUUCUCAAACAUUGCACUGUUUGCUGUUACAUGAAUCGUCAUGCAAAACUGCCAUCAGGAGCAUCCAAUUGCAAUUCCAAACGCUCAAGCUACUGCGCAUGACAAAUCUUCGAAGGGCGAAACAGCAUUGAAUUCUGUGUCGAGUUUGUAAUGCGAUGGGUGCACCACAAGCAAGUAGAUCUCCAACUGUUGCUAUUCUUGCGUCACAAAUUCAAACUCAUACUCAUGUAACAAGUGGCAUUAUGUAACGCUUGAUCUUGAGAACUCCAUAACCGAAGCCGGUGAAGUUGGUGAAUUACGGAGCGUACGCAUUGCAAUAUAAAAUACGUUGUAUCGUGCUACGUAUCUAUCUCUAAACUCUUCUAUCUAUUCCUAUGGGUUGUGCCAGAAAUCUCAUGGCAAAUACUUUAGUUCAGAAGAAAAAAGCCUUUUUCUCAUGUAGACGAAGGGAGCUCCCCUUCCUUCGUGCAAGACCGCAAUUCGUAAUUAUACAACGAGUGCGAUACAACUUUUGCACAGAAUAAUAGAGCGGACUCGGAUUCGGACUCCGACAAUAUGACCGCGGUGAACUCAGUUUUGAAUCGGAGGAAAUACCAACCCUGGAAACUACGGUCAUCGCCAUUGUAUGACGAGGAGGAUCGAGGUAUUGAGUUCUAAGUGGUAUAGACCACAGAUGUUGAAGAACGCUCUUUAUUCUCAUUUCUCUUUGUGGAUUUGCUGUACUCCUGCCUCACUAGCAAUGUUUUUUUUUUUCCUAGUAUCGCAAUGGCAAUCUUCACUCUGACUAUGUUGCUGCAGUUGCAGUUACAACAAGAGGUUUGCUUUUCAUCUAGAAGUGCAGGACGACAGCACAGCCUAAUAUUUUUUUGCUGCAAGAUUGGAAUGAACAACGAGUAGAGACACCGCACUUAUUCCUCAGGUAGUACCGAGCUCUCCUUUGGUGCAAAUAAGCGAUCCGGUGGUCGACCGAAGAAGAAGUGUGAGACUGCUUCGGUGCGGAAACGCACCAGCGAUAGCGACGAGAUGUUUUCGGAUGCCGACGACAGCUUAGCGGUCGGCACGCGGGGCCAAACCGCGUGGGAUUUUGUGUCUAUCCCCUCGAAAAACACGGACGCAGGUGAAUCAUCCUCAUCGCCCGACAAGAAUAAAGCGCCGAAUGAAAACGGGAAGAUGAUGAAAAACGCAAAUAAAGAGAAGGAGCAACAAGCGAUCGACGUUAAGAGCGAAAAGGGCGGUGCGUCGAGCGGUGGUGAAGUUGAGGAGGAAACGAGCCCCGCGCGGCGCGGCAGUACUUCUACAACCGCAGGUAAUAAACUGCGGACCCAGAAUCAGAAAAAGAAGGCCAAUUUUGCGACCAGAAACAACAACCGAUCCGCGCACGCGUUGGGGGGCGGUCGCAAGGCGUUGGAUGACAGCGACAGCUCACCGCCAAGCAGAGUCAUGAAAAAGACCUCCGCGCCUGCAGCGUAUAAUAGAUACUCGAAGCGCUUUUUGUUUUUUUUAUCUCUGAUGCGAUACAGCUUCAUCUUCUAUACAGUUUAUUUCUCAUCAUUUAGGUGCGUGGAGUUGUUGAGCAAGAAAUGCGAAGUAGAAGCGAGUGCAAUUAUGGAAGAUGUCCUUUUAAUUCAUGCAAAUUUCAUCACCGCAGCGCCUCUGGCACCUUCGUGAACCGCAAGAAGAACAGUUCGUACAAAAGGCGUGACUCCUCGGAGCAGGCGUCGCCUGCGAAAGGGCCCGGGCGCCGAGACUCGGACACGAGUGAGCCGGCCAAGUGGACGCCGUGGGGCGGGCAUUUUGGUUUGGGCAGGUUCGGCAGGAUUGACGACGAAGAUGAUGAUGAGUAGUAGAGAGGUUUUAUUUCUAUCAAAAAACCUGCUACUUACUACGCGGACAAUGAUAUCAAAAUCAAUACAGUAUUUUAUCAAAAGAAUAAUUGGCGAGGUUGAGGUGGUGCUGCAGGCUGGUACUAGUGGCACUGCAUGAAAAAAAUUUGAUGACCACGCUAAGAUACUAGAUAUAGACCACGUUAGUAGGUGACUUCGACUUGUUACCUUCCGUACGAAACAACGGAGUUAGUAUACUUUAUCGAAACUUCUCCAAAGCCGUGCCGCACCUUGCAUUUUGAUUUUAUUGAUGCACCACGGUAUAAUUAUUGAGAAUGUCAGUGCUCUCCUUGCUCGAGGUCGAUCGUCAGCCUGAGAAGGUGAAGGAGCAUGGUGCCUACUUUUGCACAUUAAUUAUGCGCAGAAUAUCUUUGUAGUGAACUUUGAAUGCCGCCGCUGUUUGGAAUUAUACGAACUUCGUACGCCCUUUUUUUCAAAAAAGCCAACCGACGCAUCAACGCGCACGUUAGUCUAGUACUUGUUGUCAAGCCGCUUUGAAUUCAAGGAUUUUCUGGGAAAAAAACACGCACUUGUGGCCUCGGCUCAAGAAAGAUAGGCCGAAGAUGAAAAACAAUAGUUUCACUCUUUUGGUUUUGAUGUGCCGAGAUUUUCACAUCACUGCAAAAUGUUCUCGGAUGUACAGGAUUGAAAUGAGAUAAAACGGUUGCUGAUUGAUGCGAAGCCUGCUGGUGCGUCAAGUAAGUUUAUUUCCUUAAAGAUAGAGAUGAAGUAGAGCUGGACUUUGUGCAAGAUUGGUCUAGAAAGAAAGUAGAUAGCAGCUUCUAUUUGGUACUUCAUCAUCAGAACUGCGAAAGAACAUGGCGGCCGCUGGGUGUGAGUACAACGGCUGCUCUUGUCCACAACUAGUGCGCGCCCUCCGGCUGCAAGUAAGCACCACAGUCGUCGUCUUCAUCAGCGUGCGUACGUGUUUGCGUUUGCUCGUCAU